AUGAAGUCUCUGAUUUCCGACCAAUCUAGGUUGCCUAGAGUGAUUGUGACGGACAGAGAUCUUGCUUUAUUGAGUGCUGCUUCACAAAGCCUUCCCACCACCACCCAUUUACUAUGCUUGUGGCACAUCAACAAGUGUGUUUUGGCAAAGUGCAAAGAGUAUGUUGGCACGGAUGAUUUUGCUCAAGAGGUUAUGGACAAGUGGGCCGAAUUGGUAGAUGCUCCAACAGUUCCAGAAUUUGAAGCUCAUUGGAUUGAAUUGUUUAACAUGUGCAAGCAUAAACACAAGUUGAAAUUUGCCACUUAUUGUUCUACUACAUGGUUGGUCCACAAGCAGAAAUUUGCCAAGGCAUGGACAAAUCAUGUGAUGCAUUUUGGAACAACAACAAGUAACAGGGCUGAAGGUGCACAUGCCAGCUUGAAGUUGAUGUUGCGGAACAGUAAGGGUGACCUGGCCACAUCAUGGGAUGCGUCGCAUAGUUUGACCACCAAUCGCCACACUGAGAUAGUAGCAUCGUUUGAGCGCAGUAUGAAUAAAAUUGAUCACCUUUUCAAGACCCCUUUCUACACAAAUAUUAGGGGAUUUGUGUCAAUCAAAUGCCUGAAACUCAUUGAUGCUGAACUGACAAGAAUGCGAGCCUCCGGCGGCAGAUGCGAUUGCUUAUUGAGAGAGACUCAUGGACUACCUUGCGGUUGUCAACUUGCAGAUUAUGAGAGGAUUCCGUACGAGGCCAUUCAUCCAUUCUGGAAGAGCCUAAGUUGGGAGCAUGUACCUGUUGUAGAUACUGGCAGCUCAGAUAUUUGCGGACUAAACCAUGGAGAGAUGCACCCAGAAGUUGAGGCACUGACACGUUAUUUCCAUUCUUUGGAUACUGGAGGGCAGAGUAUGGUAAGGAGGAAGCUUCAAGCGAUAUAUUGUCCUGAAAGGAGUACACUAUGUACUCCUGAGCUUCGGAUAAAGUCCAACCGCACUCCUAAGUUGAAGGAGAGCAAACAACCCAAGGGUCGAGCAAUAGGAUCCUUGACUCGUGAUCCUUCAACGUUUGAACUUACUGACAAGAAGAUUAAAGAGGAAAAGAAGUCUUCACAACCAGCAAAGAGGAAGAAGCGUGUGAAGAAGUCUGAUACAAGCCAUUUCAUGUGUAACUUUCCAGCCUUUCUCCAUCCAUAUAUUGGCACAAUUACAGAUGUUGAGGAUGAUGGUAACUGUGGCUAUAGAUCCAUUGCUGCAUUAAUGGGGCAUUCCGCCGGUCAGGACGGUUGGCCUUGGGUUAGGGCUACAUUGAUACAAGAACUUGAGACCAAUGUGUUAAUGUAUAAUAGGAUGUGGGGCACAGAUGUUGUUAAUGCCUUACAUAAUCGUCUCACUCUUCCUAUUGGUGACCCGGCCACCCCUGACAAAUGGUUUCAACUGCCAGAGAUGGGAUACCUUGUUGCCACAAAGUACCAAUUGGUUCUCGUAUCCUUAUCCUCUAUGGGUUGUAACACAUACUUUCCACUGAUAGGAGCCGGCCCACGAGAUGAGCAUUCUGUUAUAGCUAUUGGACAUGUGAUAAAUCACUGGGUACAGCUCCAAUUAACUGCUGGACAUCCUAUGCCGACUAUUGCUCCCCAGUGGGAUUGGCACGCUGAUCUUGCCUCCAAAUACUGGAGGAACCUAUAUCGUCCACGUUUAGACAUGUAUGAUGCACAAUUCCAUGCUUGGCUUGGUGCUUUUAGUGGUCAUGCGGACUAUGUGGACAUCACCACAGAUUGAAUGUUCUUGUAUUGUGUAAUAUUAAUUUGUAAACUCUCUGUAAUUUGGUAGAAUGUGGCCCUUAUCACAGGUUGUUGUUAAUGAUGAAAACCUAGACAUCAUCGUAGAUUGGCAGGUUCAUGCGUGUACUUUUGGUAAUGUUAAUUUGAUGUACUUUUGGUAAUGUUAAUUUGAUGUACUCUUGU